AUGUUGUUUCUUUCAGGUAUUACCUUGGCCUUGGCCUAUGCCACUAGCUCACUUGCGCUUUACAUUCCUGGUGCCGACGAUUGGACAAAACUCAUUCCCGAUUCAGUGCCGUUAGCUGGAAGUUAUGACACCAUUCCUUUCUCGUUUGGUAUUGUGGUUACUCCAUUUGAACAGAUUGAUGGUGAGUACACCGAACCCUCAUUCCAUGGUCCCAAGCUGGUUACUACAACCUACACUUCAACUGUCAUUACCGAUGGUCCCAAACCCACCAAAGCUGUUUCUCCCGUGAAGCAAAUUUGGGACGGACAAAUUCAGAAUGGUCCUGAAGAUGAUUGCGAUGACGACGAUGAAACCUAUGGUUAUGGAAAGAGGAACGAAGUGUACGAUGAUUGUGAUUCUGACGAUGAAGAUGAUUCCGGCUUAUUUUCCUCACCAGUAUUUUCUGUUGCUUGCCUUGGCGAGAACACACUUCAGAUGAGUCUUAGAGGUGGAAUUCUUAGAGAUGCACAGAAUAGAAUUGGCUCGAUUGUUUCUAGUCACCAAUUCCAAUUCGAUGGUCCUCUUCCUCAACAUGGCACUUUGUACGCAAAUGGUUGGAGUGUAUCCAGCAAAGGAAGACUUGCCCUUGGAAACAGCACAACAUUCUAUCAGUGUGCCUCUGGUGACUUCUACAACUUGUAUGACAAGAAGAUUGCAUACCAAUGUAAUCCCGUUACUCUUGAGGUUGUGGAGCUCAUUUCUUGUUAA